AUGGACACUGCCUUGGGCACUGCGCGUGGCCGGAAGAUCGUGGCCCGCCUCUUGAGGCAAUGGCGCUUGAUGGCGCCCAACAUCUUUGAGGCGGCUUUCAACCAGAGCGUUUUGGCGGAGAUCGAUGGCGCAACAAGGGAAAGCUUGCGCGCCCAAGUGUCUGAGCCCAUGUGGGAGGAGUUGCUUGCAAAGCGGUGCUCCAUUGUCGCCGGCCCUUCGCCUCAAGAACUCCGUGAAUACCAAGACGGAGUGGAGCAGGAUAGAGCUUAUGUGCAGAAGAAGUUCUUUCCAAGCAGGACACGGACGGCGCUGCGGCCCUUGGACGUGGACAGCGGGCCGGAAUGGAAGGCUGAGUUUGGCUACUACUUCCACAGCAGCAUGAUCCGCUUCUCGUGGGCCCUGGACGACGUGGAGGACAAGAUCGAUGCUUUGCCGAGUCGGCAAGAGCGGAAGAGAGCAAAGAAGGCUUUCAAUUUUCUCGUGGACAAGGACAACUGCAACUACUGGAAAUGGAUCGAGCGGCACCGGCGCUUCAUGAACGACAAUCCCCGGGCCACGGAUGAGCGCCGUAAGAGGCCACUUCGCUACAUCGAGGAAGAGGGCAUCGAGACCGCUGUGUGGCCACAUCUCUACUGGGAUACCCGGCUCUGUGAGACGGCCACUCGCCUAGCGGACGUUCGUCGCAAGCAGCGGGCUGGCCAUCAACAAGAUCCAGAAGACGAUCCCAUGGGUGACGCGACGGGGGGGCAAGAAGACAGCAGCGGCCGCCAAAGUCUCAAGCGGAGCUUCCUCCUCAAAGCCUUCGGGCCCACAGCGGACUACGCUGGUGACUACAACCUCUUGCACUUCGUCUUCGACCUGUCCACUUGGUCGGACAUCGGCGGAAAGAAGGGCGCUCUGCGAGGCAUGCCGAUGUGGCAAGCCAUGAAAGGCGCUGCCUGGACUCCUCAAUACUGGCAGGUUCGCCACGCGGCCGCCUUGGACAUGCAAGCUCAGUGCGGUUACCCGGUCGCUUUCAUCACUUGGGCUCCCUUCGAGUGGUCCGCUCCCUACCACGAAGCACUUCUGCAGCAGACGCGAGAUUUAGGCCGGCAACGUCUAGGGUUGGCCGGGCCUGAAUCUUUGCAUUUGGCACAUCUCUUGACUGAGCUCUUCAGGGAAUGGGUCUGUGGUGGCGGCCGCAAGUUCGGCGAUGCCACGUCGCAGUGGAAGGCAGCUCUGUUUGGUGGCACGAAGCCGGAUGGCAGUCGGGUUAAGGUCAACUUCGUGGGCCGCUUGGAAUUCCAAGACGGCAAGCGGAAAGAGUCGACCCAAGACUACCAUGGUCGAGGCGCCGUGCAUCUCCAUGGGCUGGUCUUUGCCGAGAGCAUCAAGCACAUGAAGUUGCACGAGAAGUUCUCCGCGACUGUGCCUGCGGAAGGCGACCCGCUGAGAGGCUUGGUGCUCGAUGGCCAAACGAGCAGGACGGGCAGCGGCUGGCCGGUCUUUGAAGGACCUUCUCACUAUGACGCGGCCGUGGACAAGGUGAAGCUUCACCACUCCAUGGAGGACAAGCGGCUCGGCGUGCGAGGCUACAGCCCAGAAGUCCUGGACGUCUUGAAAUGCCAUCAGGAUGCGCAGAUCGAGCGCGGCACCGGCCUCAUGCUCAAGUACGCCGCCACCUACUUGCCCAAGUUCAGUGACGGUCCUGGCAAGGAGCUCAUGGAUGACAGUAGCAGCGGCUAUGGAGCUGCCAGGCGUGCCCUUUUCACUUUUCAUCCCGGAGAGCCUGAGAUGUGGCUGCUGCUGGCCAAUCAAAGCUUCCCCAUGUUCGUGAUGGGUGGGGCUAUGCAGCCGAUCAUCGCGCCGCACCCAGGCAUGGAGCAGCCCCCGGCUUACGUGGCGCUCUACGAGCAGGCCGCCUGGGGCGGCGAGAUGACUCUCCUGGAGUACUUGCGCAGGGUCAACAACAAGGGCAACAUCUUGGAGCACAUCCGGAAGGCCCACAUGAAGGACACCAGAGGCCUCAGUUUAGAGAGCUUCGCGGUCCGUUACGAGACCUUUGGCGAGAAAAUCAUAGCUGCGGAGAUGGUGUCCAUGCUCAACGAUAAGUACUAUGGCCAGUGGAUGGCAUUGAACGUACCCUUCCAGACGCUGAGUGGCUUGCUUGUGCCAGACAUCGUGGACAAGGCCGUCCAACUUUUUGAAGAGCAUUUUGAACGGCUGGAUCAAAUGUGGCGGGCGGCGGGCAAGGUUCCGUGCCUGGUCUUCGUGGGCGAUGAGUGGCAGUUGCCGCCGCCGGACAACACCAAGCGCAGCCUUGUCCACCACCCCAAAUGGCGCCUGGUCUACAAGAUUGAGCUCCACAAGGUCUGGCGCCAAGCCGACGGAGACCCCUUGCUGGAGAAGCUGGCCUACCUGCGCAAGAACCGGCCCAUGGGCGGGGAAGGCAGCGCCUUUGUGCGAGAUAUGUGCAGAGGUCACAAAGCCUGGUCUGUGCACCACGAGCCCACGAACCUGGACAUCCAAGACUUGCUGCGCAAAACCGAUGGGGCUACCACUGUCAUCACGUGCACUCGAUGGGGCGCUGCUCUGGUUAACGCUUUGGCCGUGGAGGUGCUCUUCGAGCUACCCGGCCGCAUCAAAUUGGGCGGCGUAGGCGCUGACUACGAGGGCAACCCCGACAACUACCAUUGGAACGGGGUGGCCUACGAGAUGAGGCAGGAUCAAAGCCCGGAGCCCUUGAAAUUAGACCUCUACGAAGGUCUGCGGAUCCGCCUGACCCGGAACAUGAACAAGAGGCUGGACUAUGUGAACGGCAUGACGGCCACGGUCCAAGCCUUCGACCGGUCUUCCGGGGGCGUCAUUGUGGAGACCGAGACCAAGCAGGUGCUCUGCGUGUACCCCGUGACGGAAGAUGCCGCCGGCGGCCGGGUGGUCUACUACCCGAUGAAGCCCGGGUACGCAGACACCGUGCACAAGUUCCAGGGGGCGGAGCUGGCCCACGUGACGUUUUGGCCUGACAGGGAAGGGUGCGCAGCUGCGCAGCUGCUGCCUAUGUGGCUUUAUCCAGAGUUAAGAAGGACACCGACUACCUCUUGGGGGGCUACAUCAAGCCGGAGCACUUCGUUCCUGCCAGGUGAGCGGUCUAAGCGGUAG